UGCCUACUCUCAUUCCCACACCAGGACAUCCCAAGGGCAUCAAAGCGAGACAAGAUGACUCACCAAUGCACCAAGUUCUCCGGACACUGGAAGAUCAUCGUCUACGACGAGGAGUGCUUCCAGGGCCGUCGCCAUGAGUUUACCUCCGAGUGCUGCAACGUGAUGGAGUUUGGCUUCGAGAGCGUGCGCUCUCUCAGGGUGGAGAGUGGAGCCUGGGUGGGUUAUGAGCAUGCCUCUUACCAGGGUCAGCAGUUUGUGCUGGAGAGAGGAGAGUACCCUCAGUGUGAUGCUUAUGGAGGUAGCAACGCCUAUCACAUUGAGAGGAUGACCUCUUUCAGACCCAUUGCCUGUGCCAACCACAGGGAGUGUCGCAUGACCAUCUUCGAGCGUGAGAACUUCAUGGCCCGUAAGGGUGAGCUGAGCGACGACUAUCCCUCCCUCCAGGCCAUGGGCUGGUGCAACAACGAAGUGGGCUCCCUCAGGGUCCAGUCUGGAGCAUUCGUGUGCUACCAGUAUCCUGGCUACCGUGGAUACCAGUACAUCAUGGAGUGUGACCGCCACCUCGGGGAGUACAAACACUUCAGGGAGUUUGGUUCCCACUCCCAGACCCCUCAGAUCCAAUCCAUCCGCCGCAUUCAGCAGUAACCCCUCCUUCCUGCCCUCUUACCCCUGUGACCCCUUACUCCCGAUCCCCGCUACCCGGUGCUGAAUAAACUGUAUUUCUUAAACCUUA